AUGUCUCUCAUUAAGGAUUCCACAGUUGCUGUUAUUACCGGUACUUCAUCAAACUUGGGUUUUAAUAUUGCCGUUCGUUUAUUAGAACAAUUACCAGAUGAAAAGGAAAUCACUUUGGUUGUUACUUCUAGAACAUUACCAAAAGUUAAAGAUGUGAUUACUGAUAUUAAAAAUUAUAUUGUUGAAAAAAUCCCAUCUAAAGUAAACAAAGUAGAAUUUGAUUAUUUAUUAGUUGAUUUCACUGAUAUGGUAUCUAUCUUAUCAUCAUACUAUGAGUUAAACAAACGAUACAAACAUAUUGAUUAUUUAUUCAUUAAUGCUGCACAAGGUGUUUACGGAGGUAUUGAUUGGAAAGCAGCUGUUAUUGAAGUAUUACAAAGUCCAAUUGAAGCAGUUACUAACCCAACUUAUAAAUUACAAAGAAUUGGAGUUGAAAGUUCAGAUAAUUUAGGAUUAGUAUUUCAAGCUAAUGUUUUUGGACCUUAUUAUUUAAUUCAUAGAAUUAAACAUUUAUUGAAAAAUGGUGGUAAAAUCAUUUGGAUUAGCUCUUUAAUGGCACAUCCUAAAUAUUUAUCAUUCCAAGAUUUACAAUUAUUAAAAUCUCCUGCUAGUUAUGAAGGAUCUAAAAGAUUAGUCGAUUUAAUGCAUUUCGGUACUUUUAAAAAUUUAAAACAAAAAGAUGAUAUUGAUCAAUAUUUGGUUCAUCCUGGUAUUUUCACAAGUUUUUCAUUUUUCCAAUUUUUGAAUGUUUUCACUUAUUAUGGAAUGUUGUGUUUGUUUUAUAUUGCUAGAUUCUUGGGAUCUCCAUAUCAUAAUAUUUCCGGAUACAUUGCUGCCAAUGCUCCUGUGGCUGCUGCUUUGGGAAGAACUAAACAAAACAGUAAAACCGCUUCUGCUGUUACUAGAUUUGGUGACGAAUACCUCAUUGAAGAAGAAGUGGAUACUACAGGACUGGAAGAUGUGGUUAAUUAUUUGGAUAUUCUUACUAAAGAAUGGGACGAAAAAUUAAAAGACCAAAUUGUUAACACUCGUCAACCUUAG